AUAAGUUUAAUUAUCUUUGAAUUAUGGAUCUUCAAAACUUACUUCAAAACAAAAAAAAUAAUCUGAAACCAACUAAAACAUUUUUGACAAAUGUUGCUGGUGAAAAAUUUGAAAUUUCUGGUGGAGUUACAACAAAAUUAGAAGUUAAAGUUUCUCCUUUUGUUAUUGAUACCAAACCUAAUCUUCAAGUGGAUUCAAUAUUACCUGGAUUAUUCUUGAGUUCACAAGAUCCUAUUUUUUGUUUCGACAUAUUGAAAUCAUAUGCGAUCAAACAUAUUCUUAGCUUGGGAAUCGAACCGGAUGUUAAAUUUGAUGGUAUUCAAUAUCAUUUUAUUGAAAUUUUAGAUAUUCCUGAGUUUAACUUGAUCACUAGUUUAAAAGAUUGCUUAAAAAUAAUUCAUCAAUUUCGAAAAGACAAUAUUUUAGUUCAUUGUAAUGCAGGAGUGUCUAGAUCUCCAACUGUAGUAAUAAGUUAUAUAAUGGCUACAGAAAAGUUAUCAUAUACAGAAGCCUUUCAAAAAGUUAAAAACAUAAGAACAUAUAUUCGUCCAAAUACCGGGUUUAUACAGCAGUUGAAAGCUUUGAAACCCGAAGAUUUAAGUAGUAAUCUUGUCGAUAAUUAACAUUUUAAAAACGAAACAAAAAAUAUUUUCUACAAAAAACAAAUGAUUUUGUUGACAAUAUUUUAUGUUACUGAGAAUGUAGUAGUUUUUAUUAAAAUUAUUAAAAAUUACGAAUAGAAAAAAAUUGUAAAUGAACUUAACAUUCAAUUGAUAGAACUAAAUAAUUAGA